GGAGUAUAGAUAGAUUUUUUGUUUUACCAUUUUUGUUGUACCAAUUUGUGUUACGUUUGAAAUACUUAGUUAUAGAGUAUAAAUAGAGUGUUGUGUGCAUAUCAGGAACGUGUUUCAUUGAAUAAUUUUAUUUUGUCAGAUAAUAUUUACUUAACCACCAUUUGUAAAGAAAACAUUGUACGUGACAUAUUUAGGUCACAUAUUUCCGUACAAAUGAAUUUGGCCACAACAGCACUUCGACCACUGAAGAUGCAUGUUAAGGUGUUAAUCCUUGGUGCUGGUUAUUCUGGUCUAGGUGCCGCAACCUACUUUCACAAAAACAACUUCAAUGAUUUUCUUGUGCUGGAAGCAAAUGACUAUAUUGGUGGAAGAGUGAAAUCAGCCCAGUUUGCAGGUGAAACUGUGUCUUUAGGAGCCGGGUAUAUACAUUUGACAGAAACAAAUCAUGAAGUUUUCCGGUUGGCUAAAAGAUAUGAAUUAAAAAUGAAAAAGGAGGACUAUUCCAUCAAAAAUGUCACGUUUAGGAAUAUUGAAGGCGGUUCAAUAUACUCUAAAGAAACUGUCCAAAGGGAUUGUGAAGAACUUCAGGAGAAACUGAAGCUGUUGGCUUUAAAUGUAGAAAAUGGGAAGCAUAAGUUAGAUAUUAACCUUAAGCAAGCUUUAACGGAUGUUGGCUGGAAAGCACAUACGGAAUUGAAGAAAGCAAUCGAAUACUUUACACUUGAUUUUGAAAAUGGAUCAGAGCCUGAAAGUAUGAGCGUAAAGAAUUUUGGAUUUACUGGUUUCUUCGGGACUGACUAUGUGGUGACGGAUGAACGUGGCUACACUCACCCACUAUUAGAGGAAGUUAAACCAUUCAAAGACAAGAUAUUACUGAAACAUCGUGCGACCAUUGUAGAAAAACUAAGUAAUCGGAAGAAAUAUGGUGUGCAUUUACAAAAUGGCGAUUUCUUUACUGCGGAUUACGUUCUAACGACAUUCAGCCAUGCAGUGCUACAAUCUAAACAGGUUAAAUUUAUACCAGAGUUACCCACAUGGAAAACAGACGCUUUUAAAAUGUUGGUCAUGGGUCAUUAUUCCAGAAUAUUCAUGAGAUUCAAGGAACAGUUUUGGGAUAAAUCACCGUAUAUAAUGUUUGUCACAAAUGGCGGCGAAACAUGCUAUCACUGGACCAAUUACUGUAGAGAAGGCUUAUUUCCAAGUACAAAUAUUUUAAUGGCUACGAUUACAGGAAAAGCUAGUCAAAAGAGUCAGAAACAAUCUGACGACGAAGUAAAAGAAGAGCUCUGUCAUGUACUCAAACGAGUUUAUCCGAACGCCACGAAGCCGAUAGAAUUUAUGCGACACAACUUCAGCACAGAUCCUUUGUUUAUGGGGGCGUAUAGCCAUCACGCAAGUGGAAUAACGUUUAACGAUAUCAAUGCACUGCAACAUCCAGUAGAUCAGAGACUAUGGUUUACUGGGGAGUAUACUGCAGACUACGAGUGGGGAUAUGUUCAUGUUGCCUUUGAGUUGGGUCAAGAACAGGCUAAAAAUAUUUUGAGAUGCUUAAAUGGAUACCAGCCAGCUUUUGUACCAGAAUGUCUCAAAACAUAAAGACAGUCAUUGACGCAAAAAAAAGUUGGUUGUGAUUCUUUAUGUAAGCGUUUCAAACAUAUGUAUAAUCACAUUUUUUCACUUUAAGUGUGGUGAAGUCAUUGCGCCUUUGGACUAUAUAAUUGUACACGAAUUUUACUAUAUGCAUUCGUAUUUCGACCAUAUAAAUACACAUUUCGACGAUAUAAAUUAUACACUUUUUGUAAAUAUUGAAAAUUAUUGUGGCAAUAAAAUAAUACUUCAAAGCAUAA